AUGUCAGUCAUUCGUCAAGCCAUUAGACCAGCAUUAAGAUCAGUCGCCACCAGAAGAGUAUUAGGACUCCGUUUUAACUCCACUGCUGCAGCAGUUGAUCCAAAGAUUUCUACUAUUGUUGAUCAAAUUUCUACUUUGACUUUAUUAGAAACCUCUGCCUUAAUCACAGAAUUGAAGACCAGAUUAAAUAUUUCAGAUAUCGCCUUACCUUCUGCCGGUGCCGCUCCUGCUGCCCCAGCUGCUGUGGAAGAAGAAGUGAAGGAAGAAGUUGAAGAAAAGAUGAUUUUCGCCGUGAAGUUGGAAUCUUUCGAUGCUAAAUCAAAACCAAAGAUUAUUAAGGAAGUUAAAGGAUUAUUAGGAUUGUCAUUGGUUGAAUCUAAGAAGUUUGUUGAAAGUGCUCCAAAAGUGUUGAAAGAUAAUGUUGCUAAGGAAGAUGCUGAAAAGAUGAAGGCUCUUUUGGAAGGAUUGGGUGCUAAGGUUGUCUUGGAAUAG